CAAGCGUUUCUCCCCAGCACCGCUGUGCAGAGUCUGAAUCUCCAGGGUCUCCAGUUUAGAAAAGCCUAUGCAAAGCGUAGCAGAAGCCAAGGUGCUUAUCAGCAGAUCUCUUAUGAUUGUUUGGUAAAAGCUCUGCGGGUCUGCACAGGUCGCCUCCCUCGGAGCUCGGCGACUGAACGUCGGAGCCGGCCCUCGGCCCCCCUGCAGUCGGAAGGUUACAGCAGCGGGAGCCAGAGAGGCGGUGGCGGCGGCCCAGGAAGGAGCAGCAGCGCCCGGGCUCUUGCUCUUGCAGAACUCCCAAGAUCUCAUAAAGAAAUUUGUAGUCAGAACUUUAUGCUGCAUUUUUAUUCAGGAAAGAAGUAGGAAGAGAAGAGUGUCAUUUCCUAGGAAUCCAGCACUGGAGAAACGCUUGUAUAAUGAGCCUGCCUAGCCAUGUGAUAUGAAUUGCAUCGAUUCCCUCUGGACCAGAGCCAAAUGAGUGGUUACUGAGCCACAGAGAGAGUGGGAUAUGAAGCUCCUUGAUGUUCCCGGGAGAACAAUUCUUCCAAGGAUGGUCUCCCAUUCAGAGUUGAGGAAACUUUUCUGUUCAGCUGAUGCAGUAUGCUUUGAUGUUGAUAGCACAGUCAUCAGAGAAGAAGGAAUUGAUGAGCUAGCCAAAUUCUGUGGAGUUGAGGAUGCUGUGUCAGAAAUGACACGGCGAGCCAUGGGUGGGGCAGUGCCUUUCAAGGCUGCCCUCACAGAGCGCUUAGCGCUGAUCCAGCCCUCCAGGGAACAGGUACAAAGGCUCAUAGCAGAGCACCCCCCCCACCUGACUCCUGGCAUAAGGGAGCUGGUAAGUCGCCUGCAAGAGCGAAAUGUUCAGGUUUUCCUAAUAUCUGGUGGCUUUAGGAGCAUUGUGGAGCAUGUUGCUUCCAAGCUCAAUAUCCCAUCAACCAACGUAUUUGCCAAUAGGCUGAAAUUCUACUUCAAUGGUGAAUAUGCAGGUUUUGAUGAGAUGCAGCCAACAGCCGAAUCUGGUGGGAAAGGAAAAGUUAUUAAACUUUUAAAGGAAAAAUUUCAUUUUAAGAAAAUUAUCAUGAUUGGAGACGGAGCCACAGACAUGGAAGCCUGUCCUCCUGCUGUAGGAUGUUUUCAUUGGAUUUGGAGGAAAUGUGAUCAGACAACAAGUAAAAGACAACGCUGAAUGGUACAUCACUGAUUUUGUAGAGCUUUUAGGAGAACUUGAAGAAUAAUAUCAAUUUUUAUACGGUUUGUAACAACUUCGGUUAAUUUUUAAAAGUUACACAGUUUGAUACCGUUUGCCUAAAAUUGUCUAUUACAACUUAAUGUAUAGAUUUGGUACUCAUUAUCUGUACUUCAAGUAAACUAUGGAAAACUGCUUUUUUUAACUGCAGUCCUAGUAUUAUUAUGACCAUUAAUUACCUGGAUAGUUUUAUAAUCUUAAUUCUUUAUGUAUUUUCCUAUCUGUAUUUUAUUUGAAGCCUUUUAAAGGUGGAUAGUAAAUUAAACACCAUCACUGUUGGAAAUAUGGGUUAGGCAGCUUUAGGUGACUAUUGGUUUUCCCUGUGGUAGGUAAAUAAAAGUUAUCCAUGUAUCAGA